AUGCUACUCCUGCCAAACCUGCCUUCGAACUACGUCCAAGUAGGCUUGUGGAGAAAUCACACAGCACCUUACUAUCGUCAAUACCUUUGGACAACAACAAAUAUCACGGCUAUAAUCGUCCUAGGCCUUCUAGGAAUACUUGUAACAGCAGCCGGUAACCGACUUUGGCCAAUCAUUCGGCAAUUUCUGCAGCCUAGUAUCCAGCUCUCAGAUCUGGAUAACAGGAGGGUAAAACUCUCGAGAACCGAUGCAAUUAAAUCUCUUCGGGCACAUAUAAAGAAUUAUAUGGAGGAGUUCAAGGCAAUAUGGACGGAAGAGUAUGGAUUCAAAAACAAGAUCAAUUCCACUCUUGCCCCAAUGCGAGGAAAUACUCGCCAACCACCAGACUUAACUACAGUCCAAGCUAGUAUCGAGCUACGAUUCGGUGUUUUUGCAAUUUUAAACAUAGCCAGUUUUGCUUUCCUGGGCAUCAUGGUGCCAUUCUUUCUAGCAGAGGGACUCCAAGGGGAGGCCGUUGUUCAAGGUUACUUUCACCGACCGGGGCAUUUUAUGUCGACUCCCCGAGAAAUUAUGGAUGAGGCCUUAUAUGACCGUGCUAAUGAUGACUUUGAAGGUUGCAUUUCAGGCGAAUUGAUUUGGAGUCAGAGUACAUACUGUGUGGAUCUUCGAAAGCCUCUUCCGCCAUACGAAGCAGAGGAUGUGAACCUAACUGAGCCUUUGUUUGAACACCCGCCGUAUCGCGUUCUCAGGGAGAAUGGAGACGGUACUCUCCAGGCGAUAAAGCUCAGUGGCCAUACGAGCUUUCAGGAUAUUGCUUUCAACGCGAAAUCCGGAGAGGAUACGCUCCUACACGAGUUGACAUGUGUUCCUGUACCCCUCGACCCCUUUGUGAAUGACUUCAACGGGGCUUCUCACCAUUUUGAACUAAGAAUCAAAGGAUUUCUUUCCCAGAAUUGGCAGAAUUGGAAAUCAAUUUGGCGUAUGGAUUCGCCUCCCUACAGUCAAUACGAAUAUGUGUCUGACGGAUAUUUGACUAUUCAUUACAGCAUGGCUCUCAAGACCAACAAUAGUAUUGUCUCUGGUCGCCAAAUCCAUAACACCAGUGGGAGAAAUGAACCAGAAGGCGACAUAGUGGACACCAACAAUCCCCACCGACGGACAUGGUACCAGAACGAUAUCGACUCUACACUACCGUUGAUUACAUACAGAGACACUGAUUCUUCCUUUGGAAUUUGGGAACGGGCAAAUAAGGCUAGACAAGCGGUGGAUACUAAUUUACUUCAGAAUUUCCUUAUCACGAUCAAACCUCAAGCACCCCGAACUUAUAGAUCCCAGCCAGCGCUUUUCAAGAGUUUUUCAGAUGACUCAAUCUUUGGCGCACGUCUGGCAAAUUCUGGCAACGAAGAUUUCUUCCCGGACCGUGAGGUAUCAGCAAUUGGAUGCACCGAAACUUUCGUUAGAUGCUCAUCAAAUCAAUGCACGGAGAUCAAUACCGCAUAUGACGGAAAAGGUCCAGGGCCCGAGUGGAAUGAUCUUUUAGACAAUCAGCGCAGUAUAAAGUCUAUUUGGAUCGAUAGCAUGCUUCAUCCUAUUUACGCCUUGGACAAAUUCUUCCUGAGUGGUCGUCGAAGGUGGCAGCAAGAUAUCGAAGAAAGGUUUAUCCGUGCCCUAAUUAGAGCUCGAUAUGCUACCAAGACCGCUGCUGAAAAAUUCCUUGCAGCUAAUCCCUCAACGUUCGAAAAAGAGUGGCCCAGUGACGGUAGUAAACCAACAGCUGAUCUGCUGUAUCUGAAUCCAGACCACACCAACAUCAGUAUUUGGGGAGUUGUUGCCACCACCGUCGGUUACCUUUAUAUUAUUGCUGUUAGUUACUGGACGGCCUUGCUGUCUCCAAUAGGUCUGUUGGUUAAGGCUAUCGCCAGGAUUAGCGGCGAAAUCCGGAAAGAAUUCCAGGUGUCCAUGGUUUUGGUUAGUCAUGAGGUCCAGGUUGCUAUGAGAUUCAUUGGAAUGUGUGUUCGUACACCGGAGCCAGUGACAGCUACCGCCCCCGAGAGAUCCAGUGCAGUUUCGAUGGAUAAUUUAAAAGUAAGACAGGAGGAUGGGCACCCAGAUAACCCACCAAGAGCCGCUAUUAAUCCGGGAAUCGAAGCGACGAACUGA